UGGCGUCCUGCCCCAGCCGGGCUCCACAAACACACUGUUUCCUUAGAAAGGAUCGGAGGAAACUCCAGCUGGAAAAAGGGAGAGCAAAGGAAGCAGAUCCCUGCAAGGCUGUAACCAACCUCCGUCCCAGGGGGAGCCGGACGGGUCGUCUCAGGAGCACAGCACGCGCAGCCUUUGGCCCCGGACGGCAGCCUCCUGCCCAGGCCAGCUCUGCGGUCCCCGCGGCUGACUGGCUCCCAGCGCGCCCGGCCGGCCGGGGCAGCGGCUUCCUGGACGAAGGCGGCAGGCUCCAGCUGUGCCUGUUUUCUCUCGCUCAGAAGAUGGCGUUUGCUAUCUUUGUCCUCCAGCUGGUCAUCUACAUCCUGUUAUUUCCCCUGUACCUGCUGAAUUUUCUGGGUUUAUGGAACAGGAUUUGCAAAAAAUGGUUUCCCGUCUUCUUGUCAAAGUUCACAGUGACAUACAACCAACAGAUGGCCAGCAAGAAGCGGGAGCUCUUCGGCAACCUGCAGGAGUUUGCAGGCCCCUCGGGGACGCUGUCCCUGCUGGAGCUGGGCUGUGGCACCGGGGCCAACUUCAAGUUCUACCCGCCUGAGUGCAGGGUGACCUGCAUGGACCCCAACCCCAACUUUGAGAAGUAUUUGGUCAAGAGCAUCGCUGAGAAUCGACACCUCCAGUAUGAACGCUUUGUGGUGGGUGUCGGUGAGGACAUGCGCCAGGUGGCCGAUGGCUCCAUGGACGCCGUGGUCUGCACGCUUGUGCUGUGCUCCGUGAAGAGCCAGGAGCAGAUCCUCCGCGAAGUGCGCAGAGUGCUGCGGCCGGGAGGGGCUUUCUAUUUCAUGGAGCACGUGGCAGCAGAGCAGUCCACAUGGAAUUACUUCUGGCAACAGGUCUUGGAUCCUACCUGGCACCUUGUGUUUGACGGCUGCAGCCUGACCAGGGAGAGCUGGAAGGCCCUGGAGCAGGCUGGCUUCUCUAAGCUGAGGCUGCAGCACCUGCAGGCCCCACUGUCCUGGGUGCUGGUGCGUCCUCACAUCUAUGGAUUUGCCGUAAAAUAGCGCGGGAACCAGUGGAGAAGUGCUGCAGCUUUAUGGUCACCAUAGUAACUUGGAAAAGGGAGACUCUUGUUUUUAGGCAGAGUUAAAUCCACCCCCAAAAGUUUCUGUUAUAGUGUAUUUAGCCAUCUUCUUUCAUCUCCCAAAGAAUCAAAGCCAAACCAAAAUAAAUACACAAAUAACAACGAAACUUUUGAAAUCUCCCGUCAAAGGAGAAAAUGGACCUCUGUAAUUGAAGUCCACCAUUAUCUCCAAAGCUUACUUCAUUUAGUGACUUGGAAAUUUUUUUCCAAUUAUCUUAUUUAAAUUGUUACCCAUCAGAUCUAAAUCUCACCAUGUCUUUUAGAACAUGGUACUACAAAGCAGUCAAAUAAUUUCAAAAUAGACUUUUAAAAGGGAGCAGGGCGGGCUGGGGAUUUAGCUCAGUGGCAUAAGCGCCUGCCUUGCAAGCAGGCAGUCGUGGGUUUGAUCCCCGGUACCGAUAAAAAAGGGAAAAGACAAAAAUAAAUAAAUAAAUAAGGGAGCAGGGGGAAAAAACCUUAAUAAUUCACAAGCUGAACAAAGAAAUACAAGCUAAUUGAAAGUUCAAGUUCAAAUAGCACCAGUUUCCUGAAAAAAAUCCAAACCUGUUUGUUAUUCUCAGUGUUGCUGGUUUGGUUUGCAGAAUUACUGUGCUCACCUGCCACACGCAGUGCCGCCCAGCGUGUUUUCCAUUCCAGGGCUCUCCAGUUUGUUUGCCUGCAUUCCAGCCCUUAAUACUUAAGAUGAAGACUAUAUUGACACACACUGAUAUAACCAUAGAACUAUUUGAGGAAGUUAAGGUUCACUUAUUAUCUAGCACAUACUUUACUGAAUUAUAAUAGGUUGCAGGAGAGGAAAGAGGCCGUUGUAAUUACGAAAAGCUUGUGUAAUUAGGUAUAUGAUCUGAGAAUCCUUUGAAAAAUCAGUCAAUCCAUAAAUCCGUAGACGAGGUGGCAAGUAUACUUUGGAUUAUUCAUAUCAAACUCUACUCUUGUCCCAAGAUGAUUUCUCUGUUCUUUACAAUUAUGAAAACCGUAAAAAUCACCACGAGUGCUUUUGAAAAGUGACAGGUUGUUCAGAGGAUUUAAUAAGAUCUUCACCAAUAGUUUGCCUGUAGUUUAACAAAUACAGUAUAUGUUCUGAGAUUAUUUUGCAAAAGUACUAUUUUAAAUGUCAAGUCAAUAAUAUACUCACAUUCAUUUUAGGAAUGGAAAUAAAUGAAAUAGUUUAUAUCUUU